AUGGCGUGGCCAGUCACGAGACGGUUGGAUGGGAAUGAUCCGGAUUAUGUGUUUCUGGAAAUGUUGGGAUAUGGUGUGUCCGGAUCCGUUGCAAAAGUCCGCCGGUAUAUUGCCAACUUUGCCCACGAUGUGGCGUGGGCCGAGAGGACACAAACAUUGAGGCUAUACAUGAAGUUUUACGAAGGCGGUGACCUACAGAAGGUUAUUACCGAGUGUAGACAUCAGGAAUUGCCCAUUCACCCAUUUAUGGCGACUUACUGGGCUAUGGAGAUUGCGAGGGGCCUAAAGGCCUGUCAUGAUCAUGGGAUUAUUCAUAGAGAUCUAAAGCCCGCGAAUGUGCUUUUGGAUAUGCCGUACAUCUAUAACAGAAUGCUGUGGGGAGUCACUAAAGGGAAGGUACUAAGGGACGAUGUCAAAACACAUGGGAAAGCAUUCCUAGACUGGUUUAAAUUCCCAUUUCGUUUGCCCUGGUGCCAUAUAUCGGAUUUUGGAUUUGGGAAAUUCACACCGGCAGCGCUCUUUUCUGAAUACUAUACUAAGGGCUCCCGGGGCAGCGUUGGAACUAUGGGUUAUAUGGCACCCGAGGUUUUGGGCGAGGUUAGCGCUAGGUACGGGGCAACACCCGGAGGAGCAAACGACGUCGUCAAAAAUGACCCAAAGUUCUAUGGCAAGUCGGAUGUCUACAGCUUUGGAUGCUUAGUCUACAACUUAUGUACCAGCAGACCACCACCUAUAGCUACAGAAUGGUCUACUCGAAUCCUAGAAAUACCCGAUACCUACCCGAAACUUUUCAGAGGGAUCAUUUCAAAGUGUGUGGAUUUCAACCCCGAAAAUCGGCCAAACAACCGAGAUCUAUCCAAUGGAAUGGCCGAUGCAUUUAUAGAAAUUCAAAACUGCAGUCUCCUGAGCGACUUGGAUAAGGUUCUCCAAGAUUUGAACUCAAACCCCGAUUCAGAUAGUACAUACAUCAAUAUCAUGGAUUUACGGCCCGAAGCCACUAAUUCGGAACCUACGACAGAUACAGGAGACCUCUCAGAGCGCCAAAAGAAGCUGGACAAUGCCCUUCGUCGAACUCUAGCAGUGGGCAACUGCGAAAUGAUGGCUUUAGCAAUCGAUUUCGGUGCAGAUGUUAACGCAAAUGCAUUUGAGUCCAUUGCACAGGAGGAUUGGGUGGCCUCCUCAAGUAUGCCGAACGUGGGAGUUCAUUCAUUUCAGCCAGGAGUCUUUGAUUUAUAUGAAGCCGAGUUAGCCGAGUUGUUCAUGCUGGUAGGCUCGGGAGUGGUAUUCCCACUAUUGACUGCUGCCACUUUCAAUGGCUUGAGCGAAUGUGUAGAACUCCUUAUCUCAAAAGGGGCCUCUCUGGACCACGCAAAAAACAAAGUCGACCCUUUGGUAGUCGCGGCACUCCUUGGCAACAUAGAAAUUAUUGAUCUUCUCGUUAUGAGAUGGGGUUUCGAUAUCGAUGCUACGUCUAUCAAUCCGCAUUACGUUUGGCGAGAGGAUGCCCCGAUAGUAGCAGCGGCUAUGGCCGGGCGCCGAGAAGCAGUGAGAAGACUACUCGAACUUGGUGCUUCAGUUGUAGCACCGAGGGAUGAUGAAGGUAAGUAUCCUCUUCACACUGUCUUCGAUGUAGACUGGUCUCUUUUUGCACACUUGGUCUCCCUAGAUGAUCUCCAGGUAUGUGUUAAGAUGAUUUGUGAUGCUGCGCCGGGAGCAUUUCAUUUGAGAGAUAAGAAAGGGCGUACACCUCUUCACUGGGCCGUUGGAAGAGCCGAUACUGUUGGGCCCCGGUUUGUGAAGUUCCUAAUAGAACAAGGCGCUAAUCCGUAUGCCCGAGAUAUUUACGGGUGUGACGCCUACCAUGUCACAAGCGCCAGCAGAGAUUUCGGGUUGGUGGUCGUCGCUGAUGCAUACCCUGAAGUCAAGAAAGCGUUAGACGGGUACGGUUAUACGAUUAGAGACAUUCGUUAG